GUGUGCAUUGUGCAAUGUGUGGUUGGCGACGCAAUUGCCCAAGUCAAAAGCCAGACGAGUGGAGCACCGAGCCAUUGGCCGUCAUUGUGGCUUGAAGCUUGAGGCGCUGCUCCACUUCUCCUUCUCUUCAUCAGCAUAUCAGUAUUCCAUUUCCACUCUCACUUGAUAUAAGUCGAAUAACGUCCCGGAUUGGAAUGCUGUCACCGCGUAGAGGCCUCCGUCGGCUGGUCAUCUUCGGAUCGCUCAUCUUCCUCGGGCCAACCAUUUUCGCCAAAGUCUACUCAUCGUGGAGCGAAAUCUCCAUCAGCAACGCCAAACGCAAACUGGAAUUCGAACGGCUGGAACUUGAGCGGAAACGUCUUCAGGCUCCCGACGCACCCGACAGCGUGCCGAAGGAACGCAGGUGAAUAGGUGCAGGUGAAGUCGCAGUCAGCUGUUGCCUGCUGCCUGGGUGCCUGAAAGUGAACCACAGCGCCACACAGCGCCCGCGAACUUUCGCCGACCCUACUUAUCGAUACCAACUCGUCACUCUCGCUGCCACUUGCCGCUAGCCACUUAGUCACGCGAUUCGCUCUCCGCCUGUACAACAACCUCCGCCCUUACCUUCCCUCACCAUCACCACCGACGCGACCUGCGACACACCUGCGGCCACUCGCCGACGGUCGCCAAAAUGCUGAAAAUAUGGAGCAUGAAGCAGCAGCAGCAGAAGAGCGAGGCUGCUGCUGGCGGGGCGAAGAAGAAGAAGGUGACAGCAGCGCAACUGCGCGUACAGAAAGAUCUGUCGGAACUUUCCCUCGGCUCCACGAUGAAGACGCAUUUCCCGAACCCUGACGACAUCCUCAACUUCACACUCACACUCACACCCGACGAAGGCCUGUACAAAGGCGGUGUUUUCAACUUCUCCUUCGCAAUCAGCCAGAAUUUCCCACACGAGCCACCGAAAGUCAAAUGCAAAGAGAAGAUCUACCAUCCGAACAUCGAUCUUGAGGGCAACGUCUGCCUGAACAUCCUCCGAGAAGACUGGAAACCAGUUCUCAAUCUGAACGCGGUCAUAGUGGGGCUACAGUUCUUGUUCUUGGAGCCGAACGCCAGUGACCCGCUGAACAAGGACGCCGCGAACGACCUCAUGAGCGACCGGGACCGAUUCAAGAGGAAUGUCAGGAGUGCGAUGGCGGGAGGAAGUGUGAAGGGCGAGGCGUUCGAUCGGGUCAUGAAGUGAGAGACAAGACGUACACAUCGGACCUGCAUAUUCAAGCAGCUUCACAAGCAUCAAGAGUAUCGGACGGGAGAAGGCCGGACUGGCACGGUGAGGGCGGGGAGCCCAAGGAGCGGCACAGGCAGUAUUACUGGCCGAGCAGAAGGAGAGAAACUUCACCAGGUCGACGUACAGUGCAUUUUCCAGCGUCAAAGAUUUGCUUCAGUCUGACCGAGAUACCAUAGGAGUAGUCGGGUGCGGGACAGGGUACAUCAUACAUAGAGGACCUGCAUGAGGCACCGAGAUACACCUAG